AUGGUCUGGUCGCUCCGUCUCUGCAUCUCAUGGACUCUGCUGGCGCUUAUCUUACGCCCUACGACUAUUACUCAUGCUCAACAAAUCUCGACCAACACCCCAGUCCCGCCCUUGCAGUGGAUAAACCUCACGAACCAUCUCUCGGGGGAAUCUCCACCCCCUCUCAAGGACGCCUCCAUAGGAUACGACGACACUACGCGUACACUCAUCAUAUUUGGUGGAGUAUCUGCUCAGGGCAUCAGGCAGCAGUCCACGUACCUACUUAAUCUUAACUCUCUGACAUGGAGCCAGCCUUCACCACCUACUGGAAACACACAGGCGCCUCCGGCGAGAAGUGCUGCUAUCAGCGGUUAUGAUUUGGCUGCCAGCUAUCGCGAGGGGCAUAUAGUCAUAGGCGGAAUAGGCGCAGAUGGAAGUGCACUGUCUGAUGUUUGGGAAUUCGACUUCGUUAACCAAUUCUGGCAAGAAGUGCAAGUAUCCCCAGGAGGUCCUUCGCCAAGGUACGGUGCUGUCGGCGGCAGAGAUCGUCGGGUCUUAGCCGCAUCCGUGCCGAACCUCUCUUGGCCAAACACUUCAUUCUAUCUUGCAGGAGGUAUCGACGCCUCUACCGUUUCCCCUCUGUCAGACGUGUGGCGUCUGGAUGUCACCGGCACACUUUCGUCCAACAACCUGAACGACAUCUUCGCUAGUUGGGAUCAGGUUGAUAUCUCUACUACCGGUAUCCCGUCGAAGGUCGGUGCUGCAGGAGCAGUCAUAAGUCAGGGAGCGUACCAGAUGCUCGCCGCAGUCGAUGGUUGCAGCUCAUCCGUCGCGUUCACGCCGAAUUCGUCGUGUGCCCAACCAGACUCAUACAUCAUCAAUACCGGGGCAGGCACUGUCGCGUCUGCUAGUCCAUGUCCUGCCCCGCGUCUUGACGGGACAGUGCUACCGAAUUUUAACCCAGUUGGCACCUCAUCGACGCCGCAGGUUUUCCUGGUGUUAGGCCUUGUCAAUUAUACGCUGUGGAACGACCAAGGCGGGCUCGAGAAAGGCGAAGUGGAUGUUCUCGAUAUCGGCACAGGGGAAUGGGCACGGAUUCUUCCUGCAGGUGAUCCUGGUAGCUCAAAUCCUGGCGGAACGCCUGCCUAUCCGUCUGCGCGGCAAGGCGCCGUCGGCCUUACGUUCACCGAGGCGUUAGUUGGCAACUCUCGCGGUAAUGCUACCGACUCAAUUGUGUUCGGUGGCGUCGACGCGGAAGGAAACUACUUGUCUGAAGUCUGGAUACUCAGGGCCUAUAAUGCUCAAUUGACACAGAGCAAUCAGAGUUGGACGAACUACGAUGGCCAACUCGUAGGUGGACCUGACGCGACCGGACAAGGUGUCACCGAUCAAUAUAUGACCGUGUGUGCAUCUGCGCUUUCUCCCAAAGCGACUCAGACCACUGCCUUCGAGCCGUCUGCCACAUCGACGGGUGCAUCUCCCACCGUGACGUCCUCGCCUACACCGUCACCUUACGAUACUUCCGUCACCCAUAAAGCCCUUUCACCCAUCUCUGUCGCGCUGGUCAUGCCCGCCGUUAUAUUUUCGCGCCUAGCCUGGCCUGCUGUAUCAGCACAAACUACAGGAGUUUUCAGCCCGUUCCUGCUACUCUCCGUGGUUUUGGGACUCGGAGCCUAUGCUCUGGGUAUCACUGGUCUGGCUACGUCCUUUACAACAAUACACACCACGGUCAUAUCAGUCGUCAAGCGCUCCUCGACAUCUUCCAACAUCCUCAAGACGGCACACGGCCGCGCGGGCCUCGCGCUCUUCGUUGUAUUCUAUGGACUACUUCCUCUACUAUUCGCGUUUUCUUUCUGUAUCAGGCGUCCGUCUGGAGCUCCCAGCCAGCACGAAGUGAACGGCAAUGGUGAAGCGAGACACCGUGCGAAUUCUAGUGUCGCCGCGGAGAAGGAAGGCCUCUUUGCACGCGUCGUCGCCCGACUCGCGCCCCGACCCUCGUCCACGGGUGAAAUCGUGGGGCGGCAUUGGUCUAGCGAGAGCACCCCCGACACGGCUUUAUCGCCACCAUCUUCUAAUCGUUCCUUUGAAGUCACCAAUAGGCCCGCUCGCACGCGACGCGCCAGUGGUAACAGUUUGGCCGCUUUCUCCGACCCCCGUUCGUCGGGCACCCCGCGGAAUCUCAGCGAUCUGAGUUGGUGGGAACGACGACGGAGUCUGAACACCGUGGGUGAGCUGGAUUAUGCGCUUGGCCAAUUGGGCCCAAGAAAUGGCGACCCCAGCACACCUGCGACUACAGUUAUGGAUAUGACAAGUACCAACGGCCUCAUGACGGGUCCGGGUGCCCAGCCACGAACAGCCCCAGAAAUGCCCAACACAUUUGACAGUUGUCUACACAUUCUUUUCCAUCUGCUACUCCUCGGACUCUGCAUCCUCAUUCUUGUCGCGCUGUGGUACCGUAUCACUCGCCUGGUAUGGGCGUCCGAGGGUAUCAGUACUCACAGUGAUGCUGGCUCGCUUACGUGGUGA